UUUUUGAGAGAGAGAGAGAGAGAGAGAGAGACGCAAACUAGUUAUAAAAAGUGCAAAACGCUGAAACGCAUAAGAAGUGCAAACGCUAUCUUAGAUAGAGAGAGAGUUAGAGAGAUAUGAGAAGAAGGAGAGGGCUUUGUUACCCUAGAGUUGUUGAAGACAAGAACAUGAGAGUUGUGAAGCGAAGGAGAGAUUUCGCCACCGAACAAGUUAGUUACCGGAAAAGAAGCCGGAAUUCUUCUGAUAUCGCUGGAAAGCGUGACUUGUUCGAUUCCUUGCCGGACGAUCUCGUCAUUUCCAUUCUCUGCAAACUUAGCCCCUCCGAUUUCGCCAACGUUCUCCUCACGUGCAGGAGGUUUAACAAGAUUGUUGUACCCAAUUCCUUAGUACAGCUCGAUUUUCGUGAAAGAAUCGUCAACAAGAUAACGGAAACUUUGAAGAGGUCUCUCCCUGUUUCUGGCCAAGAGGGGUUACAUGAACUCAGGAAAAUUGCUAUAAGGUUUGAGGAAAAGAUUUAUACUGCUGCCACAAGCCAGUCAGAUUAUCUACGAAAAAUAUCUCUGAAAAUGCUUACAGUGGAAACUAAGUUUCAGAAUCCUAUAGGCAAUGCUUUGCCAUCCAACUCUGCUGGCAAUAGUAAUACAUCCCCAGAUGCAGGGAUGAGUAUGCAGCACUAAGUUCAUAAUCCAGGGCAGUCACUUCCUAUUCCAUUAUCAGCUAAUCAGUCUCGCCAACAGAUGUUAUCUCAAAACAUUCAGAAUAACAUUCCAUCUGCUGGAGUUCAAAGCACUGCCAGUUUACCAUCUGCACUGCCUCCUGUCUCUGGUUUAAGUCAGAAUCCUAUCCCAAAUGUUGUUGGCCAGAAUACCAAUGUGCAGAAUAUGUCUGGUUCACAGAACUAAGUAGAAGUGCAAUGAAUAUCACGUUGAAAGUGCGCAAGUAUGUGGGAGCUCUAAUUGUAACUUGUCCUUUUGGGAUAUUGCGUAGAUGUAAAACAUCCCCAUGUGGUGACAUUAGUAGCUUACUUUAACAUAAGACUAGGUCCAGCACAACCAGUAAUCAAGUGAAAGACUAAGUUUCCAUUUCA